CUUCCCUCUGCCCAGAUCCUGAUUCCUUCUCCAGGGUGAGAGUUCUGCUUCCUGAAUUCUCUGGGAAAGCUCAGAAAUCUCCCAGGAACCAGCAGAGUUCCUUUGCCUCCUGUGAAAGAAAGCUGCCUGGCAGGAGAAUAACAUCAGUUGCAAUAACCUCAGCAUGAAGAAGCAUGGGCAGGGACAAGUUCUCUGCUGCUUUCUCUUCUGUUUUCUGAAAGUGAGCCUUGGUAUCACCAGAAGAUACUACAUCGGUGCCGUGGAGAAAUACUGGGAUUACGUGGACAGUGAUCUGCCCAAAGUGCCACUUCCAGAGAUGGGAUUUCCUCCUGGUGUUCCAAAGCCACACACCUCCAACAAGUCUGUCCUGUAUAAGAAAGCGGUGUUUGUUGAGUUCACGGACCAUUUCUUCACACAAGCCAAGCCCAGCCCACCUUGGAUGGGUCUUUUGGGGCCCACAAUCCGGGCAGAGGUCUACGAUACAGUGGUCAUCACACUGAAGAACAUGGCCUCCCAACCCGUCAGCCUACAUGCUAUUGGAGUGUCUUACUGGAAGGCCUCAGAAGGGACUGCGUAUAAUGACCAGACGAGCCAGCGGGAGAAAGAAGAUGACCAAGUGCCUCCCGGUGGAACCGGCACUUACGUCUGGCAGGUCCUGCCGGAGAACAGGCCGAUGGACUAUGACCCACCGUGCCUCACCUACUCUUAUUUCUCCAACGUUGAUCCUGUGAAGGACAUUAACUCGGGAUUGAUCGGGGCCCUCCUGGUCUGCAGAGAAGGGAGUCUGACUGAAGAUGGGACCCGGGAUUUGCAAGAAUUUGUGCUUCUCUUUGCUGUCUUUGAUGAAGGGAGAAGUUGGUACUCAAAAAAAGAUGGCUUACCUACUCCAGACCGGGAUUCACGCUCCUGGAAUUUCCGGUCAAACAUGCACACCAUCAAUGGCUUUGCGAAUGGCUCCCUGCCGGAUCUGAACGUGUGCAAGCAAAAGCCGAUCCACUGGCAUGUGAUCGGAAUGGGCACUGCCCCAGAAGUGCACUCUAUUGUCCUCGAAGGGCACACAUUUCUAGUGAGGAAUCAUCGCGAGACCUCCUUGGAAAUCUCCCCGGCUUCCUUCCUCACUGCCCAGACAGCGCCUACGGACACGGGGAGGUUCCUCAUGUCUUGUCAGAUCUCAUCUCAUCGGAAUGAUGGCAUGAAAGCGUAUGUCAACAUUGAAAUCUGCCCCGAGGAGCCCAAGAAGCAGAUGAAAGGUUUGGAGCACGAUGACUUUUAUGAUAAUGAGGAACUGUACGAUUCGGAGGCAGAGGUGUUCGUAUUCGAUGACGACGACUCUCCUAAUUCCAUCCAAGUCCGAUCUGUUGCUAAGAAUCACCCUAAGAAAUGGCUUCACUUCAUUGCGGUCGAGGAAGAGGACUGGGACUAUGUACCCACUAAAAAUACCUUCUCGGACAGAAAUUAUGAAAGUCAGUACUUGAAGUCUGGUCCUCAACGAAUUGGCAAAAAGUACAAGAAAGUUCGAUUUGUGGCUUAUACAGAUCAAACCUUUAAGACCCGCCUGUCUUUGCCACGGGAAUCGGGAAUCCUGGGACCUCUGCUCUACGGAGAAGUUGGGGAUCAACUUUUGGUAAUGUUCAAGAAUCAAGCCAGCCGACCCUACAACAUCUAUCCCUAUGGCCUCAGAAGUGUCAGUCCUUUGCAUUCACGGGGAAAGAAUACAGGAUCAAGUUUUAAGGAGCUGAAGGAUUUUCCGAUUUCUCCUGGUGAGACGUUCAAGUACCUAUGGACCGUGACUCCAGAGGACGGGCCGACCAAGUCCGAUCCCCGCUGCCUGACUCGUUUCUACUCCAGUUCCGUCGACCCGGAGCGAGACCUGGCCUCCGGGCUCAUCGGCCCACUUCUCAUCUGCUUUAAAGGAUCAGUGGAUAAAAGGGGAAACCAGAUGAUGUCAGACAAGAAGAAUAUCAUUCUGUUUUCCGUCUUCGACGAGAAUCGUAGCUGGUACCUAGCAGAGAACGUUCAGCGCUUCUGCACAGAACCGGACAGCGUCGACGUCCAGGAUCCGGAAUUUCAGACCUCAAAUGUGAUGAACAGCAUCAACGGCUACGCUUUCAACAGUUUGUACCUGCCCGUCUGUUUGCAUGAAGUGGCAUACUGGCAUAUCCUGAGCGUUGGAGCCCAGACAAACUUCCUGUCUAUCUUCUUCUCUGGGUAUACCUUCCAGCAUCAAACGGUCUUUGAGGACAGCCUUAUUCUCUUCCCAUUCUCUGGAGAAACCGUCUUCAUGUCGAUGGAAAACCCAGGUGUGUGGAUGCUGGGCUGCCACAAUCCUGACUUGAGAAACAGAGGCAUGAUGGCCUCACUGAAUGUCUCCAGUUGCAAAAUGGCUGAUGAGUAUUACGAGGGUGAUUAUGAAGAAAUUCCUCCCUUAAUGGCUGAGGGCGGCUUCAUCCAGCCUAGAGGCUUCCAAAAUAAGAAAAAGGAGCUCGAGCCGUGUCCCAGAGGGUCACCACCCGAAGAACCUCCAAGUGGGGAGGGUGACCCGGAAAAGAGCAACCACCAGUGCCGGGAAACCAACCGAGUGCAAGCGUUUGAAAGUCUCUCUGGUGGAACUGCAACCUCAGUAGGACGGAGUUCCAACCUAGACCAUCCUGCUCUGGAAGAUACAAUUUAUGAGUUCUUUCCUGAUGAUUUUUCAAAUGAAGCAGUGAAGAAAAAGGAAGAAGGAACAUCCGAAGAGUUCAGUUCCUGGCAAAAGGCUGGAGCAAGCUCUCUAAAUUUAAGUAAAGAGCUCCUGCAGAGAGAGAGCACUGUACCAGAAAUCAAUGCUCCUUCUGCUCGAGAAUUUAGUGCAAAGACAGAAAUUGUCACUACUUCACCCAAUUCUGGAGCAGACCGCAGAGAGAAAGCUCCCUUAGGACAAUUGAAGGAGCCGGCACUUGGCAAACUGGCCAGCAUUUUCUUGAACAAAAUGGGAUCGCCUCCUACCCUAUCGAUGCAGUUACAAGAAACCGACAGCAGAACCAAAUCUUCAAAUGCCACAUCAUUGGAUUAUAAUGAAACUGCUUUGGAAAGGGAGGAGAUACCGCUGAAGAGGGAUGGGCCAACCAAUGAAACUACGGCUCUGGGUCCUGCUUUCCUCAAAGAAGUUACAUCGGUCCUACCCAAAGAGGCAGACGACGAUUACAAAAAUUCAGGAAGUCAUGUAAAUAAGCAUGUUAAUGACCUGCCAACAUUACAGAAUGAGAAUGUAACAUUGGUCAGCCUAGAUGCUAUGAUAGGAAAUGAUACAGAGUCUCAAGAAAUGGAGACUCUGGAUGACAGUGAAACUUUUGGAGACAUUAGUACCACUGCUCCGGCUCUAAGCCAUGUGUCACGUGAUGUGAUGUUGCGGGAAGAUAUUCCAACAGAAAAAGAAAAAAUGGCUCCUAAAAGGAAAGUGAGAGCUUUAACGCUUGGUUCCAGGAAUCUUGGGAUGGCCGCACCUUCUCUAGAUGACUCCCCUCUCUUUAGGACUGGGUCACCAUCAACAUUAGCAAACUAUCAACUGAGAGACCCAGGGGCUGCCAUAUCUCCACAAGAACCAGAAGGACCUGCACAAAGCCUUAUCUUAUUGGACAGUAAUGACACUUUCCCUUUAAAGAAUGAGAUGACACCAGAAGUGGGUGAAUUUACUAAUGGCACAGAACUCAAAGAAAUGGCAUUUAAGGACAGCCCUCUUCUAUCUGGUUUGGUGACUAAUCACGAAGUUGACAAACUGAGGCAAGAUAGAAGAUUUCAGAAAAUGAUUGAAAGCAAGGGAUCACCUGACCAAGGGGAGACUAGUUCCCCUGCAUUGCAAACAAUGUCCACCCCCGACAACCUUGUGCAGCCCUCUUCCUUACUAAGCAGAGAAGGGGAUGUUCUCAGAGAGAAUACAGCAGUGGAAAGAUUAGUUGAAGUGACCCACAGCCCCAAACUUCAGGAUACCAGGUUACUGGGCAGGAAAUUAGAUGAGCAAGCAAACAAUUCAAGGCUUCAGAAGGACCCAGUCUUUCAAGAAGAUGGAAAGAAAGUGAACACGGUGACCCAGACUCUGGAAAAUCCAUGUGACCCAAACAAUCACAACUGCAAGGCCCGAUGGGCAAAGCAGCCCCUAAAAUCCCCGGGAACAUCAUUGAAGGAGACUGAGAAGGGGCAUAAGCUAAGUGAAAAUUCCACCACAUUUCAGCAAAUAGGAAAAAUGAAAUCUAGGCUCCAAGACACUACCAUCAAAAUGGGCUAUGAGGGAAGAGGGGAAAAUUCCACUGCCAACUCCCCAUCACCCGAAUCAGCUAGCAGAAGCCACGGAGUCUCUGCUACAGACAUUACCUCAGUGCCUACUGAAAAGUCCUCAGCAUUUUCCCAUUGGACCGGGACCCUCUCUAGCUCCCCAACUUCAGACCAACCACAAUCAGGAGACAACGGCAGGCUCAGAAAAAGAGGAAGCCUGGAGGAGGUUGGAAGUCAUUUCUUCCGAGAGGCCUCUCUGAACAUGGAGGAAGCAGAAGGUCAGGAGGCUGAUUCUCAAGAGGAAACUCUCCCUUCCAUUCACACAGAACCCCAAAGCCUGAGGGAAAAGUUGGUCUUCGCUACCAUCUUGAAAACAGUUGAGGCUGAAAUACUCCCUGGUAGCACCGUUCAUCAAAUCUACCCACUCAAAGCAGAGAUCAGCAAUGAGAUUAGGAUCAAAGAUCACCUGAGUCCCACCGGUCACCGGAAUCUCGUAGAAGAGUCCAUCCAUCCCAAAAUCCAGGUAGAGGUUGCAUCCAAUAAAAGGGAUAACCAUGAAUCGGAAAAGAUUCCCUCUCUGGAAAGGGCAGGCCAUAUUAUGGCCAACAGAAUGGAGGAGUGGAGGUCACAAGACAGUCAGCCAGAAAAUAAUUUCCUCCCCAUUCUCACCCCCAAGGAAGGAGAUAGAAUUCUGCCAGAGGCCACAGCUGGGGAAAAAGAUGGGCGUCAAGUAGUUAAAUCCCAAGGUGGCAAAGGAAGGCCCCAAAACUCUAUCUCUGGACUUGAUUCCCUGGAGAAGCCUCCAGAGACAUUAACCUUGAAUCCCAUCCCUGGGGAAAGUGCACUGACCUCCUCCUCCUGGCCCAAGAUGGAAAAGGUUGAAGACGACUACCAGAUAGAAACGAUACCGGAAGAUUUCGACAUCUAUGGGGAGAAUGAGGAGCAAGGACCCCGGGGCUUUAAUCAGAUAACCCGACACUACUUCUUGGCUGCGGUUGAGGUGCUCUGGAACUACGGGAAGCAGAAAUCCCCCCACUUUCUUAAUGACGGGGAGCAGGAUGCUGGAAGCUGGCAGUAUAAGAAAGUGAUCUUCCAGGAAUUUGCAGACAGCUCUUUCACUCAACCAUUACAUCGUGGAGAGUUAGAGGAGCACCUAGGGAUUCUCGGGCCGUACAUCAGGGCAGAGGUUAAUGACAACAUCAUGGUGACUUUCAUGAAUCGGGCAUCUCGGCCUUACUCCUUCUAUUCUAGCCUCAUCUCCUACGAGGGGGAUGGGGGCCAGGAAGCCAAGCCCAAGAGGAAGGAAGUGAAGCCCAAUGAAAUCCGGCACUACUUCUGGAAGGUUCAUCACCAGAUGGCACCCACCGAGAACGAGUUUGACUGCAAGGCCUGGGCUUAUUUCUCGGACGUUGACCUGGAAAAAGAUCUGCAUUCAGGCUUGAUUGGCCCCAUGCUGAUUUGCCAUACCAAUAAACUGAGCUCUUCCUAUGGGAGGCAACUGACAGUGCAGGAAUUCACUCUCUUCUUCACCAUCUUCGAUGAAACCAAGAGCUGGUACAUCUCUGACAACAUAAAGAGGAACUGUAGGCCACCUUGUGCCGUCCAGAUGGAAGACCCUGUCUUUAAAAUGAACCAUCGCUUCCACGCAAUCAAUGGCUAUGUGAUGGACACUCUGCCUGGCUUGGUAAUGGCUCAGCAUCAGAGGAUACGCUGGUACCUCCUCACCAUGGGGAGCAAUGAAAACAUCCACUCCAUUCAGUUCCACGGGCAGGUUUUCACCGUGCGAUCCAACAAAGAGUACAAAAUGGGAGUCUACAACCUCUACCCUGGUAUUUUUGAGACAGUGGAAAUGGAGCCAUCCAAAGUGGGGAUUUGGAGAGUAGAAUGCAUGAUCGGAGAGCACCAGAAGGCUGGAAUGACAGCUCUCUUCUUGGUGUACAGCAAGGAGUGUCUGAAUCCCCUGGGAAUGGCCUCCGGUCGAAUUGCAGAUUCCCAGAUCACCGCCUCUGGGCAAUAUGGAGAGUGGGCCCCGAAGCUGGCGAGGCUUAACUACCCUGGAUCUAUCAAUGCCUGGAGCAUCAAGGACCUCUCCUCCUGGAUCCAGGUGGAUCUGUUGGAGCCGAUGAUUAUUCAUGGUAUCAAGACCCAGGGGGCCCGGCAAAGGUUCACCAGCCUCUACGUCUCUCAGUUCACUGUCACCCACAGCCUCGAUGGAGAGAUCUGGAAGAAUUACAGAGGAAAUGCUACCAGCACCCUCAUGGUCUUCUUUGGCAACGUGGAUGCAUCAGGGAUAAAAGACAAUAAAUUCAAUCCUCCAAUUAUAGCUCGGUACAUCCGUCUCCACCCCACCUAUUUCAACACCCGCAGCACUCUGCGCAUGGAGCUGAUUGGCUGUGAUCUCAACAGCUGCAGCAUGCCAUUAGGUAUGGAGAGCGAAGCCAUCUCCCACAUGCAGAUCACAGCCUCCUCCCACAUGAGCAAUAUGUUUGCCACCUGGCUUCCUUGGCAUGCCAGAUUGAAUCUUCAGGGGAGGGUCAAUGCCUGGAGGCCCAAGGUGAACAGCCAGAAGGAGUGGCUGCAGGUAGACUUUAAGAAGACCAUGCGUGUGACAGGUAUUGCCACCCAGGGAGCGAAAGUUUUGCUCACCAAAAUGUACGUGAAGGAGUUCACCGUUUCCAGCAGCCAAGAUGGCAAACACUGGACUCUGCUUCUUCAUGACGGCAGAGCGAAGAUUUUCCAAGGAAACCAAGAUCAUGACACACCCGUGGUGAACUCUGUGGAUCCUCCCCUGUUUGUGCGGUAUCUGAGGAUUCAUCCCCACAGCUGGGAAAAGAACAUUGCCCUGAGGACUGAGUUCCUAGGCUGUGACACCCAACAGGUGUACUGAGCGAAGAGCUGGGACUGGCUCACCUCAGUGAGACUGAAUGUCCUCUCACUUGGGUCACCAAGUCUUCUGUCACCUGGAGAAGGCAGUUCCCACUACAAGCAUUUAUUUAUAUUAAUGCCUCUCUCCCUCUGUAGACUGUAAGCUCACUGUGGGCAGGGAACAUGUCUACCAACUCUUUUGCAUUGUACUCUCCCAAACACUAACAGUGUUCUCCAUACAGUAAGUGCUCAAUAAAUUCCACUGACUGAUGGAUUGAAAAGCAUUCUGAACAUGGAAUGAUAGCCAGUUUAUCAUCACUUGCCCUCCUCUUGGGCUCUGGAGGGAACAUCUCUUCUCCUUUGUAUACC